AUGCGUUUGACAGCAAAUACCGCUGGUGGAAUUGCCGGAUUGGCUAUGGUGAUCAUCGGCGUUUCGACUUUUCCUUGGAUACGAAAGAACUUCUACGAAGCGUUUUAUCUCAUCCAUAUCAUUCUGUUCAUUCUCAUCCUGAUCACAGUUGCGCUCCAUCGCCCAGAUAUGACCAAAUCUACCGUGGCUAUCAUCAUAUCAACGGCCUGUCUGUGGGUCUCUGAUAGAAUCAUUCGUUUCUUGAGAUUGUGUUGGUACUUCCCCGGUAAUCGUGCAACGCUUACUGCACUACCCAACAACGCCAUUCGAGUCACCCUCUCCCGAAGUAUACGGAGUACGCCAGGCUCACACGCCUACUUGUGGAUCCCCGGGAUUCGGUUGGUAGAGACUCAUCCAUUCACGAUUGUAUCCCAAGACCCAGUUCAAUUUGUUGUCCGCGUUCACGACGGGUUCACGCAGGAUCUUUUGGCUGAAGUGUCCAAAGGCUCCCAGACCACACCAGCAGUAGCAGAGACUCAGCUGCGGUGUUCCUUGGAUGGAGGGUACGGCCAAGUGGCGGACUUCAUGCAGUUCGACCGUCUCCUUUUCAUCGCAGGUGGUAGUGGCGCUAGUUUCACGUUUGCAGUUGCGCUUGAUAUCGUCAAGAAAUGCCAGAGUUUGAAUAUGACAAAAAUGAUUGAUUUCAUUUGGGUGGUAAAGAAUACGUCAUCAUUCGAGUGGUUUGACCAGGAGCUCAGUCAACUGGGAGAGAUCCCGAAUGUGCGAAUCUUUCUCUAUGUGACACAAAAGACCGGCGACUUGGUGGUAUCACCAGAGUUGGUAGAGAAGAAUUCGACCACAUCUACCAACUUAUCGACAGACUUGAUCAGAAAUCAAGUGCCAAUGGGCGAAGUAGAGAAAGGACCGCUAUCGCCCGUGGCUGUAACGAGUCCGGAUACAAAGUUCGCGAACUCCAUACGAUCAGGCCGCCCUAGCAUUGAAAACCAUGUCAUAACUUGCGUUGAAUCCUGCAAGCCCACAGACCGAAUCGGCGUGGGUGCAUGUGGCCCUGUCGAGCUGGUUGCAUCUACGCGGAAAGCCGUGGCCCAGAAAAUAUAUGAUAACGGACCAUCAAUAACGUUGUAUACCGAAGAGUUCGGGUGGUAG